CCAUGACAGAAAAGCAGGAAAAACCAUUUUGUAAAAGUGUGAGAAACUAUUUUAAGGAAUACUGCAGAAGUACCAGUAUUCAUGGCUUUCAGUAUUUUGGGGAAAAUAGGUCGUACCUGGAAAGGACAUGGUGGUUUAUUGUUUUUGCCAUAGCACUUUCAUCCUGCAUUUACGCCAUCUUGCAAGUUUAUGAUAAAUGGGUAAGAAGUCCAGUGAUAGUAUCAUUCGCCACUCAAGAAACUCCCAUUUACUCCAUACCAUUUCCAGCAGUCACCAUCUGCCCAGAAUCAAAAUCUAAUCAAGAAGUAUAUAGCCAUACUGAUAUGGUUAAAAAAUUUGCUAACAAUAGAUCCCUAACGACAAAGGAAAGGAACAACGUAAAAUAUAUGAGCUUGGUAUGUGACUUGGUUGGUUACAUCAAACUUCCAGAUUCCGAUUAUGUUGACGAAAAUAUUUAUUCCGUUUUAAGUUCAUUGAAUAGCGACUACCCCUUGUUUGAGUGUUAUUAUAUGAAUAAAAGAUAUAACUGUAAAGACAUAUUUGUACCAAUUUAUACAGACGAAGGAAUUUGCUACUCGUUUAAUAUUCUUGAUCGAUCGGAGGUUUUUAAGGACAUAGUGCAACAUAAUCUAGAUUCUCAUCAAACAUCACAAUAUAGUGAUAACCAGUGGAGUAUUGAAAAAGGAUACGCAGAAGAUGCUGGAUUAGAAGCAUAUCCCAGAAGAGCACUUUUGUCUGGGAUAUCCAAUGCUUUGACUGUUAGAUUUGUAACAAUGUUUAAUGUAGUGGAUAAAUCUGGUAAAAGUGGAUUUCAAGGAUUUAAAGUAUCACUACAUCUUCCUUCGAGAAUACCACGGCCUAGUCAGGAAUAUUUUCGGAUACCUGACAAUCAAGCAGUGAUGGCAGCAGUCUCCCCAAAUAUGAUAAAAACUUCCGAUUCAUUGACUAACUAUGACGUGAGAAAGCGCAAAUGUCAUUUCUCAUAUGAACGAAAUCUCAAAUUUUUUAGGGUAUAUACGUUAUUAAAUUGCAAAAUGGAGUGCCUUACCAACUUUACUUUGCAAUAUUGCGGAUGCGUUGGAUUCUAUAUGCCACGUGAAAACUCGACGAAAAUUUGUGGUUUGGCGAAACAUGCGUGUAUGAAAAAAGCUGAAUCAAUAUUACAACUUUUGAAUUUACGUCAACUUAGAAAUUUAGAUGAAGCAAAAGCUAAAGAAUUAGACCAAAUUAAAAUGGAUUGUAACUGUUUGCCUAUGUGCUCUGAUCUGUCCUAUAAUACUGAGUCUUCGCAAUGCGAAUGGGACUGGAUAUCAGCGUUAUUUGCCCCUAUUGAAAAUAUCACGGACCUUCCAUUGGAUACAUCUAUUAUUACAUCAUCACAGUUAGUCGUAUUUUUUAAGAGAUCGGAUUUCAUAUUUUCCGAAAGAAACGAACUGUAUGGACCAUUGGAUUUCCUGGCUAAUUUCGGGGGAUUAUUGGGUCUUUUCACGGGAUUCUCCCUUCUUUCUUUGAUGGAAAUUGUGUACUUCUUGUCACUCAGAAUAGUAUUUAACAGAAGAAUGUAUGGAUAUUGGGCUGGGAGAGAUAAUUAAUUAAAAUUGAGAUUAAACCUUAAAGAAAAAAAUACUUUUAUAUAUUUGUUUGAUUAUAC